CCCAAACGCAGAAUGUGAAACAGCCAGUGUUGAAGACGGGAUGACUGAACGCGCUUCAAACUGCCGGUGUUGAUGGUGUGACUUUCCAGGUGAAGGUUCUGCUAUGAGUCGGGUAGAGGACACAGAGGGGGUUCUUCCAGGCCCGGAUGGAGGACACGACACCAAAGCUCGGAGCCUGAAGCAGCAGCUGGAACCAGGCUCCACUGGAUCACACAGUUCUGUACAGAGUGACCCGUCCACCGAUUUGCCAAUCAAGGACAACGCAUCGGACUCUGAACCAGAGGAUCAGGAAACGGAGUUCCCCCCAGACCUGGAGGAGAAGAUCGUCUUAUACGUGAAGAACGAGCUGAGAAAAGCCAAGAGGCUCCUGAAGAAGGACGAGAGAGGAUGGAGGCAGAGUCACAGGGAGGAUGAGGAGGUGAAGGGAGGAAGAGACGACGACCAGAGGUGGAGCAGCAGAGAAUCCGUUCUGAACAUCACCAUGAACAUCCUGAGGGAGAUAGAUCAGGACCAGCUGGCAGACACUCUGGAGACCGGAACUACUGGUGCUCUUUGUCAAAGAAAGGUGAAAUCUGCUGUGAAGGAGAAGGUCCAGUGUUUGCGUGAUGAGACGGCUCCAGCAGGAAACCGGACCCUUCUGAACCAGAUCUACACGGAGCUGCGCAUCACAGAGAGUGAUGAGGUCAAACAGACCCAAACAGGCUCCAGGAAACCAGACAGAGCAGAAAGAACCAUCAAAGUAGAAGACGUCUUUAAAGGUUCUGCUGAAGGGGACCGACCCGUCAGAACCGUGGUGACCCAGGGAGUGGCCGGCAUUGGGAAAACGGUCCUAACACAGAAGUUGACUCUGGACUGGGCUGAAGACAAAGCCAACCAGGACAUCGACUUCAUGUUUCCGUUCACCUUCAGAGAGCUGAACCUGCUCAAAGAGCAAAGGCUCAGUUUGCUGGAACUUGUUCAGCACUUCUUCCCUGAAACCAAAGCAUCAGGAAUCUUCAGCUCCGAAGGGUUAAAGGUCGCGUUCGUCCUGGACGGUCUGGAUGAGUGUCGGCUUCCGCUGGACUUCAAGAACAAGGUCCUGACUGAUGUCACAGAGUCCAGCUCAGUGGAUGUGCUGCUGACAAACCUCAUCAAGGGGAAGCUGCUUCCGUCUGCUCAGCUCUGGAUCACCACACGACCUGCAGCAGCCAAUCGGAUCCCUCCUAAGCACGUUGCCAUGGUAACGGCGGUCAGAGGCUUCACGGACCCGCAGAAGGAGGAGUACUUCAGGAAGAGAUUCAAAGAUGAGCAGCGGGCCACAACAAUCAUCUCCCACAUCAAGAGCUCACAAAGCCUCCACUUCAUGUGCCACAGCCCAGGGUUCUGCCGGAUCACUGCUACGGUUCUGGAGGAUCAGCUGGAAACCAGAGAGGGAAUGACUCCGAUCUACAUCCGCUACAUGUUGGAUCAGACCAAGCUAAAGAACGAUGAGACGGAUCCAGACUGGAGUCCAGAGAACAGAGCAAUGAUGGAGUCUCUGGGGAAACUGGCCUUUGAGCAGCUGCAGAAGGGAAACCUGAACCUCUGUGAGUCGGACCUGACAGAGUCUGGCAUCGAUGUCAGAGCAGCCUCAGUUUCAGCACUGUUGAAGCAGGACUUUAAUGAGAGGAGAGGCCAGAACCAGAAGCAGGUGUUCUGCUUCGUCCAUCAGAGCGUUCAGGAGUUUCUGGCUGCUCUUCACGUCCAUCGGACCUUCGUCAGCUCUGGAGUCAACCUGCUGUCACACAAUCAACCAACUUCAGUGACUCCGUUCUACCAGAGCUGUGUGGACCAGGCCCUGGGUCCAAACGGACCCAUGGACCUGUUCCCCCGCUUCCUCCUCGGUCUGUCUCUGCAGACCAGCCAGACUCUGCUACGAGGCCUGAUGCCCCAGACAGGAAGUGGGUCAGAGACCAGUCAGGAAACGGUCCAGUACAUCAAGAAGAAGCUCAGUGAGGAUCUGUCUGCAGAGACAACCAUCAACCUGUUCCACUGUCUGAACGAGCUGAAUGAGGCUUCUGUAGUGGAGGAGAUCCAACAGAACCUGAGAUCAGGACGUCUGUCCCCACAGGACCUGUCUCCUGAUCAGUGGUCGGCGCUGGUCUUCAUCUUACUGUCAUCAGGAGAUGUGGACGAGUUCGAUCUGAAGAAAUACUCUGGUUCUGAGGAGGUUCUGCUGGGUCUGUUACCAGUGGUCACAGCCUCCAAAAAGGCUCUGCUGAACGGCUGUAACCUGUCAGAGAGAACCUGGAACGUUCUGGCCUCAGUUCUAAGCUCCUCCGGUCUGAAGGAACUGGACCUGAGCAACAACGACCUGCAGGACUCAGGGGUGGAGCUGCUGUCUGUUGGACUGAUGAGUCCAAACUGUAAACUGGAGACUCUCAGGCUGAGCAGCUGUAACCUGUCAGAGAGAAGCUGUGAAGUUCUGGCCUCGGUUCUACGCUCCUCCAGUCUGAAGGAACUGGACCUGAGCAACAACGACCUGCAGGACUCAGGGGUGGAGCCGCCGUCUGAUGGAAUGGAGAGUCCCGGCCAACAAAACUCAGGCUCCACUAAGUCAAACUGGUCUCUAGCACCUAGUUACUCAUCCAUUAAUUCGCCCAUUGAGUUCAAAGGUCUGAGAGAACUGGACCUGAGCAACAACGACCUGCAGGACUCAGGGGUGGAGCUGCUGUCUGUUGGACUGAUGAGUCCAAACUGUAAGAUACAGACUCUCAGGCUGAGCAGCUGUAACCUGUCAGAGAGAAGCUGUGAAGUUCUGGCCUCGGUUCUAAGCUUUGGCUCCUCCGAUCUGAACGAACUGGACCUGAGUCAGAACCACCUGCAGGACAAAGGCGUGGAGCUGCUGUCUGUUGGACUGAUGAGUCCAAACUGUAAACUGGAGACUCUCAGUCUGUCAGGAUGUCAGGUCUCAGAGAAAGGCUGUGCUUCUCUGGCCUCUGCUCUGAGCUCCAACCCGUUCUAUCUGAGAGAACUGGACCUGAGUAACAACCACCUGCAGGAGUCGGCACGGACGCUUCUGUCUGCUGGACUGAAGGAUUCUAAAUGGAGACUGGAGUCUCUCAGGCUGGACCAUGGUGACGCUCAGAGUAUGAGGAAAUAUUUCUGUCGACUCUCAGUGGACACCAACACGGUGAGCAUGUACAUCAGCCUGUCUGACGACAACCGGACCAUGAGCUACGCGGCCCAGCAUCGCUUGUAUCCUCGUCAUAACGACAGGUUCGUCAACUGCGCCCAGCUGCUGUGUGAUACUGGUCUGACUGGCCGCUGUUACUGGGAGGUCGAGUGGACGGGAAGCGUUUCUGUGACACUGAGUCACAGAGGAGUCAAGAGGGAAUCGGAGAGUCAUUUCUUCAAAAGUGGAAUAGUCCCUGGUGUCUGGAGCCUGACCUGUUCUGCUGGAGGGUACCGGGUCUGUCACCGUGACGACAGCAGGUUCAUUGCUUCAGCCUCUGGUUCUGGUUCUGGUAGAGUAGCCGUGUUCCUGGACCAUCCUGCUGGUUCUUUGUCCUUCUACGAAGUCUCCUCUGACCAGCUGACCCACCUCCACACCUUCAGAACCACAUUCACGGAACCUCUCUAUGCUGGGUUUGGGUUCUGGGACCGGAGUCCUGGUUCCUCCGUGUCGCUGUGCUCCCUGGAGAGUCUCAGCAGCUGCCAGGUCGUGGUCUGAGCUGCUUUGAUGAGAAGCAGGGACGGGUCAUCGAGUCACAUGCUCAAAACAGAACCUCGUUCAGUUGCUUCAAAUGUCCUUGUUGUAUAUCAGAUAUUUCACACAUUUCUUUGUUGUCUGAUUCACUGAGAGGCUCUUUGAGUUUCUGACAUGUUUCAUACUUGGUCUUAAGCUUCUUCACAGAUACUAACUUUUAAACCUCAGGCUCUUUGUGAACUGAAUUCAUUGUUCUUUUUUGAAAGCACUGUUGUAAAUACAGAGAUCAAAGUUAAGGUUUUAAUAAACAGAGUUAUAAAAGU